AUGUCGAACGUGGAGGAGAUAAUCAGCGAUCAGACACAGCUGAUGUACUCUGUCGCACGAGUUCUGCCAAAUUUCAAGAAACUUGGUCAAGCACGGAUAACUCGUGCCGCUACCAAGGAGCGCCUCGCCAACCUGAAGGUCAUCUUUUCGAAGUGCCAGGAACUCCAUUCGAAAAUCACUCGUCUGGCCAGUGAUACCCAGAAGCAGCAGCUGCCUUACUUCAAGGAGCAGCAGUUCUUCGCCUGCGAGGACGUCUUCAACGAAACAUCCGACUACAUGGCAGAAAUUCUCGAGGCCUUCGAACCGGGACCGCGGCAUCAGUCAACAGCCUUGGACGUAAGCAACCCUUCCGAAUUCUCUCGCCAGUCGUCACAUUUGCCAAAGCUACACUUACCGACGUUCGAGGGAGGCUUUGACAAAUGGGAAAAUUUCCGCGACCGAUUCACCUCGUUAAUCGCUAACGAUACCUCGCUGUCAAAUGUCGAUCGGUUGCAUUAUCUUUGUUCGUGUGUAAAGGGUGAAGCUAGUAAGGCGUUGAGCCACCUCGCGAUUACGGACGCGAAUUACGUCGUAGCGUGGAACCUCUUAAUUUCACGUUACGAAAAUAAGCGACGCUUAAUUACCGGGCAUUUGCAAACAUUAGUUGAUUUACCCGCGGUUCCGAGUAAAAACUCCAAAGACCUUCGGUACCUUUGUGAUCAGACCAACGCUGCGAUACAUGCGUUAAAGAAUCUCGGGCGUCCGGUCGAGCACUGGGAUGAUCUAUUGGUCUUCCUCGUUUCGCAGAAACUCGAUAAAUCAACUCGGGAGGCGUGGGAGAUAAAGCUUGGCGAAACAAGCGAGUAUCCUCGCUUUAAAGAUCUUACGCAAUUUAUCGAUACUCGAAUUCGCGCAUUCGACGCGAUCGCUCCCGCGAAUCCGAAAGAGAAAGCAUCCGAAUCGAAUAAACCGGCGAAACGCCACGUACUCGCCUCCAAUUCCGGCGUUCCCGCGAACGUCACGUGCCCUGUCUGUAAAGCCAAACAUUUAUUAUACCAGUGCUCGACCUUCGCUAGCAAAACACCGUCCGAACGAUUCGAGUUAAUCCGUCUCAACCGACGGUGUAUCAAUUGCUUCAGCGCGAAGCACGUUGUGAGGGAAUGCACGAGCCCGCGCACAUGCAAACAUUGUCAGAAAAAGCACCACUCGCUCUUGCAUUUUGACACAUCCGCCAAUCAAGGAGAUACCGUCGAAUCCGCGGUCGCGACGACGUCGAGCGACUCGAUUAAUAGCGACGUCACAACGCAUCUUUCCACAAACAUGGUGUCACCGCAGGCCGCGAUUCUCCUCGCAACUGCCCGCGUUCGCGUGCAUUCGCCACAAGGACGAGUAGUUACUGUUCGCGCAUUGAUUGAUCAAGGUUCCGCAGUCACGCUUAUCACCGAAUCAAUCGCCCAAUGCUUACGGUUACCGCGCGUCAAGCAAGCCGUUCGGAUUGCCGGCAUCGGCGAUAAACAAUCCGUAUCGCAUCACGCAGUUACCGUCAUCGUAACUCCUGCGUUCGGCGAUGAACCCGCGUACUCGACGACCGCUCUCGUUCUCCACUGCUUAACAAAAUAUACGCCAAAUCGUACAAAUUCCGCGUGUCGCUGGUCGCAUAUAUCCGGAUUGCGUUUAGCCGACGGAGAUCUCAUGAGUCGCGAUCCGAUCGACGUCAUUAUCGGCGCCGACCUGUAUGGCCUGAUCCUCUUCGACGGUAUUCGAAAGGGAUCCGUUAACGAGCCUACGGCUCAAAAAACCACUCUUGGCUGGAUCCUCUCCGGACCCGUCACUCCCAUCUCCACUAAUCCACGCGCAUCUGUGCAGGUGCAUCAUGGAAUCGUCUUUGAAUCUCUCGAUUCCAUUCUCCGUAAAUUUUGGGAAAUUGAGGAUAUUCCCCUCUCAUCUUUUCCAAAUCCCGAAGAUUUCGAAUGUGAGGCACAUUUUUCGUCCACUCACUACCGCACGCCUCAAGGGCGUUACGUCGUUCGGUUACCCUUUAAAGGUCACACCGCAUUCUCGUUAGGCGAAUCGCGCGCCGUCGCCUUCGCCAGCCUUCAACGCCUCGAACGGCGUUUCCUUCGUCAGCCGGAAACGGCUUCCGCCUAUCGCGAAUUUCUUACCGAGUAUCGUCAACUCGGCCAUAUGACCAUCGCGCCAACGGAUAAUUGCCGUGGGAAUGCAUUCCACCGCUAUUAUAUUCCGCAUCAUGCUGUCGUACGAGACAGCAGUGCCACGACGCGCUUACGCGUCGUUUUCAACGCGUCGUGUCGAACCUCGGACGGCACAUCCUUAAACGAUCACUUGAUGGUCGGGCCUAAGCUCCAGCUCGAUCUCGCCACGGUGCUAAUGCGAUGGCUCGAUGAGUAUCAACUACUCACAGUUACCUACGGCACCGCUUCCGCUCCUUACCUCGCUCUCCGUGUUGUGCGACAGUUAACGCAAGAUGAAGGCGCCUCAUUUCCGCUCGCGGUUCCGGUUCUCCUUUCGCAACUUUACGUCGACGACAGCGUGUUCGGCGCCGACGAUAAAAUUCUCGCGCGCCAGACUCGCGACCAACUUGUCGCUUUAUUAGAAAAGGGCGGUUUUCGCUUGAGAAAAUGGGCGAGCAAUUGCGAAGAUCUCCUAUCGGAUAUUGAUCCGUCCGAUCACGGUCUUGCCUGCUCAAAGGAGCUAUAUGAUGAUGAGCGAUUGAGCGUGCUAGGUCUCACGUGGGACCCGUGUCGCGAUGUCUUUAGGGUUAAAGUUUCCCUCCCGACACAUAUCUCGAAAACGAAACGCGAGAUCUUAUCGACCAUCGCCAGACUAUUUGAUCCGCUUGGUUGGAUCACCCCCGUCGUGAUUACCGCAAAAAUAUUUCUGCAAACAUUGUGGCAAUUAAAAUGCGAUUGGGACGACGACAAUCCCGGCGAUUACGCAACCGACUGGGAACGUUAUUAUUCGCAAUUAUCGUGCCUUCAUCAACUCGAAAUCGCGCGCUGGACGCGAUACGGCUCUCAUACCUUGAAAACGGAGUUACACGGUUUCUCAGACGCCUCUACGAAAGCCUAUGCGGCGGUAGUCUACCUCCGUAACAUUAACAUCGACGGAUCGGUCGACGUUUUCUUGCUCGCCGCGAAGUCCAAGGUCGCCCCUCUCAAAACAUUAAGCGUUCCGCGUCUCGAGUUAGCCGCUGCACAUCUUCUUUCGCGCCUCGUGCAGUUCGUUCGAACGACGCUUCAACUGCCGAACAUCGAAAUACAUUGUUGGACGGAUUCCACAAUAACGCUAGCCUGGCUAAGUAAAUCGCCGUCUUGCUGGCAAACGUUCGUAGCAAAUCGCGUCGCGGCCAUUCAAACGACCUUACCGGACAUACCGUGGCGCCAUGUUCCGACUUACGACAACGCCGCCGAUGCCGCGUCCCGUGGUCUUGCUCCGGAUGAACUAGCUCUACAUCCGUUAUGGUGGCACGGACCCCCGUGGCUGUCUUUGCCUCCAACCUCUUGGCCGAACGGCAAUCUCAUACAAGAUGAGAUCACAUCCAUCGAUCUUUUGGAGAAGCGAAACGUACACGUCGCGGACUCUCCGGCUCCUCCGGAAUUAUGGGAUCUCGCUUUUCGCUUCUCAUCCUGGCCGAAAUUGCUUCGCGUGACCUCGUAUCUAAUUCGAUUCGGGAAUCUCGCGCGACAGCGAAAUCAAUCACUCGAACGCAGUUCGCGCGUCGACGAAAUCGCUGCAGCCAAAGCGUACUGGCUCCGAUGUAUACAGGCAGCUAUGUUUCCCGCUGAAUUAGUCUGUCUCGCUGCGAAGAGAUCCAAAUCCAGUCCGCUUUCAUCUCUCAAUCCUUCGCUGAGCGACGACGGACUCAUCCGCGUCCGCGGACGUCUACGUCACGCUCGCCUGCCAGAUUCGACGAAGUACCCGAUCGUCUUUCGGUCGCAUCCUCUCCUUUUCCUCAUCAUCGAUCAUCACCAUCAUCGCAUGCUACACGGCGGUUCACAACUCACUCUCGCAUCCUUACGUUCCGAAUUCUGGAUUCUUCGCGCUCGCACUUGUACCCGCGCAGUCCUUCACAAAUGUGUGCGAUGUGUCCGCGAGGCUGCGACCAUUCCAAAUGAACUCAUGGGAGAUCUUCCGUCGGUUCGCGUAAAUCGCGCGGCGCGACCGUUUUCACACACGGGAGUCGAUUAUGCUGGUCCUAUUCUGUUACGAAGUACACCCGGACGCGGACAUAAGUCUCAUAAAGCGUACAUCGCCCUGUUUGUAUGCCUCUCUACUAAGGCUAUCCACCUUGAAGUCGUGACCGAUUAUACUUCCGCAACCUUUAUCGCAGCGUAUCAUCGGUUCGUGUCCAGACGAGGUCUUCCCCAGGGAAUGUAUUGCGAUAAUGGCACAACUUUUCAAGGAGCCGAUCGCGAAUUAGCCGAUGCACAUCGUCGCGCCCUCCGCGAUCCAAAUUUUAUUGAGGCGACCGCUUGCGAAAAAACAUCGUGGCAUUUCCUUCCCCCGGCCGCCCCACAUUUCGGUGGUCUCUGGGAGGCCGGUGUGCGUAGCGUCAAAACGCACCUCAAACGUUGUAUAGGUGCUCACACCCUCACGUACGAAGAAAUGAACACCCUUCUCUGUAAAAUCGAAGCGUGUUUAAAUUCUCGACCGUUAUCCGCCGUCUCCGAGAAUCUGGAAGACUACCGCGGUUUAACUCCUGGGCAUUUUUUAAUCGGCGCUCCGUUAGCAGCGUUUCCCGAACCCAGCGUUCUCGACCUGCAUGAAAAUCGACUGUCACGCUGGCAGAUGACGCAGCGCAUCACCGAAGGUUUUUGGAGAUCUUGGCGCAACGAUUACUUGCUCACCCUCCAACAACGCCCAAAAUGGCGAAUUGUGCAAAAAUUAGCGCGCAUCGGUCAGUUAGUUCUUCUACGAAAUCCGCAAGCUCCCCCGAGUCAAUGGGAGCUCGGCCGAAUUGUUGCGUGCCAUCCCGGAGCCGACGGCUUGACGAGAGUCGUCACCGUCCGAACGAGCCGCGCAGAAUAUAAGCGCCCUAUCACCAAAAUUUGUUAUCUUCCCGUCGACAUCAAUCAAGAGAUGUCAAUGACAUCCGGCUCGGCGGGCGGAGACAAAAAGUAA